AUGUGUAAAGCUACGUUUACGAAUCAACAAUUCUCAGAAUACUUUCUCAUCAACAUCGGGCGGGGCCGAUCGUACGAGGAGCCCCAGUCUCAUACUCAUUUUGAGCGAUGUUUCCCUUUCUCGCACCAUUGCGACAUCCUGAAUCAAGGAUUCGCAUUAGUGUCAACCCGGAAAGGAGCGUCGAGAUCGUUUUUCCUUGCCUCAUCACCCCUUACAACAAGGACACAUAGUGAGGAUCGAGGAGUGAGUGCAAUUAAUGCACAAGAGAAUGUCAGAUUCCUCACGGGUUCCCCAAGCCGAGCCCAAUCCACCUCGCCGGCUCGUUCCUCACCUCGAGGUGUCCCUGUAGCCUCCUCAUCCUCAACUUCAUCACGAUCUCCAAAAUCCUCGCCUGUCCCGCCCCCACCCGUCACCCGACAACGAAAUAAAGGAUUAGAGAUGUCUUCUGGGAUGAUGGAACUCUUCGGUGGCUCUCCAGGCACAUCAGCUUUUGGUGCAGGGUCUUGCUUUGAGAAGCUUCCCAAUCGAAACGAAGAGAGAACCCAGCAAUCGUUUGGUCGAAAGAAUGUCCUUGAAAAGGAAAUCUACGAUACAACAAAAAAUGAGGUGCACCAUCCCCUUCCAUCAACAUCCGGUAUCUUUAAUGUGAUCGAAGAUCACAAUGCCGCUUAUGAGAGAGCGCUGAAUCGGUCGAGGAAGAGAUUCAUUGAUCAACGGGUUGAAGAAGUCAAAGAAAAUCAAUGGGUUGAAGAAGUGAAACAAAGUGUAGAGAUUCCCGAACCCGAGCCUGAGAUUGAAGUGUUGACGAGAGAUUUCGAAAGAGAAAAAUUGAUGGAAGAUUUUGAUGAAGAUCUUCGACGGAGAUUGGAAGAAGAAGGAGUCGAUUGGGGAGAUGAAAAUGAUGAUCUAGGUGAAGAGACUCGUGUUCGCCGAGAGAUGAACGAGUGUCCAGCUGCACGGAUAUUAGCAGAACUUGGUCUCACUGAUGAUAUUUAUCAGAAUCCAAUAUCAGAUCUAUCUCCAAUCGAAGAAGUCGAUACUCCGUCUUCGAGCAAUGAUUGGAAAAGUGAAGAGAAUGGUUUGGAGAGUGAAGAGCGAUGGAGAAUGGGAGAACCCGGGCCGGAUAUGGGUGGAGAUGAGGAAGUGAUACUCCUCGAUGAUGAGGGGCGGGUGAUCUCGCAGAAAGACGGAGAAGAGACGCUACGCGACACGCAGCACUUGGACGAGAGUGCAGAGGGAGCAGAGGAUUCAUCUCAACCAAUGACAGACACACGAGCAUCCAAUACUCCCGAUUCGGACAUCCCCUCACAACAAAGUAACGACGCCGCCACGAUGGCACUCCUCAUCCGGGGCGCACAGGUUGUCAACGAUGACAGUGUCUUCAGCGCCGACGUCUUGAUUGAAGAUGGGAAAAUUAUCCAAGUAAGCACAUCGAUCGAGCCACCGCAAGGAGCCGUUGUUGUCGAGGCCACUGGUCGUUUGUUGUUGCCAGCUGGAAUCGAUGUGCACACGUGUUUCUCGGCCGUCGACUCGGUCGAUGAUUUCAAGACGGGUGGAUUAGCAGCUGUGGCUGGUGGAACUGCUACGGUAAUCGAAUUGGUGACCCCACGAGAGGGAGAAUCCCUAUCAACGGCUGUUGCCAGAAUCAGAAAAUCCUCCGAGAACUCGAUCUGUCACGUUGGAAUCUCUGUUCGGGUAAAGAAAUGGGAUGAGACGAUCAAAAGGGAAAUGGAGGUGCUCACGAAAAGCGGUGUCAACAGUUUUGCUCUCGAUUUCGAGGGAGAUGAGAAGUUGUAUCAGGCUCUCGAGUUCUGCAAGACUCUCGGCGCUCAUGCCCGUCUCCUACCCGAGAAUCGAUCAAUCGUCGCUCAAUUGGAGCACAAAAUGCUCAGUCUUGGCAUCACUGGACCGGAGGGAUUUGUUCAAUCUAGGCCUGAAGAGCUCGAAAAGGAGAGAGUAUCGACGAUUUGCUUGCUCAGCCAGAUCACCAAUUGUCCCGUCUCGAUUCUAUCGUUAUCUUCUGCGGAGAGCGCCACUGCGUUGAGGGAGGGACGAGAUCGAGGAGCACUCGCUCAUCCCGAGGUAGCUGCUAUUGCUGUGUGCUCGGAUGGAUCAAACUAUUUCAACAAAUGUCAUCGUCAUGCCGCUGCACAUCUCACCGAGUCCCCACUCCGCACCGAUAUCCAAAAUCAACAGAAACUCUUCGGAACCCUGUCAUCAGCCGCUCUUUGCAUGUUCGCCUCCGGUCAUAAAGCUCACUCGUCGUCGAGUCGAUGCAACAAAGAUUUCACAACAAUGCCUAAAGGUGUUUCGGGUGUCGCUGAAAGAUUGGCCAUUCUUUGGGAGAAAGGAGUCCGGUCGGGAAGAAUCGAUCCGAUGAGAUUCGUCGCUCUUUCGUCAACAAAUGCCGCAAAAGUAUUCAACUUGUAUCCACAAAAGGGACGAAUCGCCGUGGGAGCUGAUGCGGAUCUUGUUCUUUGGGAUCCAAUCGUGAAACGACGGCUCUCCAUCGCUGAUUCGCACUCGAAAGCCGAUACAUCACCGUUUGAAGGUCUAACUGUUCACGGUGGUGCAUCGAUCACAAUAAUAGCUGGAGGAGCUCUUUCACUCAAUCUACCCACACACUCACCACAUCUAUUCGCCGUUGUGCAGAUGAGAGAUCGGUCGUCAAACUUCGAGAAAGUCGAUCGAUCCGAUGGAAUGACGGUGACAAAUGGUGGUGGUGGAGGAGGACCAAAGAGAGAAGCCUCUCCAUUCGGCGAGAAUCAACCGCCAACCGCUCGCCCACGACGAAGUCACAAUGAGAGUAGUAUCUCGUUUGGUGGACAAGGUGACGACCGCCCACAAGCGCGCACUCGGAAUCCGCCCGGUGGACGCACGACAGGCCUUUGG